UUCUCUCCCCUCCCUCAAAAUGGCUUCCCCCGCCGCCCGCCCCCACCGCACAACCCAACUCACAACCACAACUCCACCACCACACACCACCUUCCUCCACCGCUUCCAAGAAACCUCCCCAUCCACCCAACUAAUCGGAUUCCUCACCCUAGCUAUCACUAGUGGCAUCCUCCUCCUCCUAGCUGGUUUCACUGUCACCGCCUUCAUCCUCGGUUUCAUCGUCUUUGCACCCAUCAUUGUUCUCUCCAGCCCCUUUUGGCUCCCUGUUUUCGUCCUCGUCGUCGUCCCCCUCCUAGGAUUCUUUUGCUUUUGCGGCUUCGGUAUCGCCACCGUAGCCGCUUUGUCGUGGGUGUAUCGAUACUCCCGAGGUCUCCACCCGCCCGGAUCAGACCGGUUUGAUUAUGCAAGGAACCGGAUUGCUUCUACCGCUCGAGAGGUAAAAGAUUAUGCAAGGGAGUAUGGUGGGUAUCUUCAUAGUAAGGUUAAAGAUGUUGCUCCUGGGGCUUGAACCCGGGUUCGAUCGGAUCCCCUUAAUCGGAAAACGAAAGGGUGAUCAAAUAUUCAAAUUAGUUAUAAUGCAAUUAAUUAACUCGGUUUUUUUUGGUUUUGAUAUGUUUUUCCACUUUUAGCUAGCUAGCUAGUUGAUUGUACUAUGUUGUUUGGUUUUUGAUAUGUAUACAUAAAAUGCGUUUUGUACGUAUGUUAA